GUCCCUCGGACACAGCAGAUCACUGAUCACGGAAAGAGCCGAAGAUGUCGGCUCCGUCAUGUGAUCAUCUGUGGCACUGAUGAUCAGUGUGCCCUGAUGAUCAGUGUAGCCCCAGCAGUGCCACCUGUCAGUGUCCAUCAGUGCCUCGUGCCAGUGCUCAUCAGUGCCUCAUGCCAGUGCCCAUCAAUGUCACAUAUCAGUGCCCAUCUGAGCUGCCUUUCAGUGUCACCCAUCAGUGCCAGUCAGUACCACCUAUCAAUGCCAGUCAGUGCCGCCUAUCAGUGCGCAUCAGUGCCGCCUAUCAGUGCCAGUCAGUGCCGCCUAACAGUGCCAGUCAGU